GCGAUACGCGGCGCCGGCGCUGAGGCGGCCAGGCUGCUGCUCGUGCGGGAGACAGGCUCCCUGCCCGUCCUGCCCCCUGUGGUCGGGCUGUCCUUCGCCCGAGCCGGCGAAGAGCUGGUGGACGAGGGCUGCGCGAGCAUCAUGACUAGUCGUGCGGACCGCAUGCCAGGGAGGAGGGUGCUCGUCCGCUUCGAGGGGGACACCUACGCCCACGUGCGAGUACUCCUGUGGCCGACCCACUUCGACGACAGGUACGAGAGCUGGGUGAUUUUCACCGCCGAUGAUGAUUUGUAUAUAGAGCGGGUGCGAGAUUGGACCUGGAUCUACGACUUGACCGAGGGGUGGCCACCAGGGCUAUGGGCCGGAGUCGUGAGGUUCAGGACCCCACCGACGGCGAACGAGGUGCUGGCGAAGGUGCUUGAUGGCCGAGACGAGGCGCUGAUGUACCAGGCCAGGCGCAGGCUGCCGGAGCGCCUUGGCCGGCGGUUGGGUGAGGAGCCGACCGCCUUCCUGGACUGGCGCGGGCGCGAGCUGGUCGUCGAGGACAGCGUGCUGAGCCGUGUGCGUCGGCGGCUGACCAACAAGGGGAUGAGCUCCGAGCUGCGGCUGGCCGAGGCGAGCGGCGACGAGCUCACCACGCGGCCCGCGCUGGGAGGCGCGGCGGACGGCGGCGCCGGGGGGGCUGGCGGCGGGGCAGGCGCUCUGGUGCCUGCAUCGCCGGGCGCGGCCCCUGGCGGCCACGGCGGUUCCGGGCUCGUGGACGGCGUCUACGUGGUGGCGGAGGCCGAGAGCCCGCGCGGCUGCCGGACCGUGAUGCUGCUCGACGACGGCGCCCGCGUGCUGUGCGAGAGAGCGGCGGCGGACGACGUGGAGGAGCGGCGCCGGGCGGCGCGUGAGGCAGCGGGCAGGUGCGGCGCUGCGCAGCAGGACGGGCGCGGCGCCGCGUGCCAGGUGGACGACCCGCGGGCAGAGUUCGCAGCGGCCGACGCCGGGGUCGACAAGAUCGGAGGCGCGGCGACGCCCGUGCCGGAGGCUGAGGUCGAGGGCGACGCGCGGACCUUGUGCGUCGAGUGGACGUCCGAGGGCGCCCGGUUCAAGACGUGGCGGAAGGCCGUGGAGGAGAGCACGCAUCUCACCAUGGAGCAGCGUGAGCUCCGUGGCGCGUGCACUUGCCUCCAUCUGUGUCGCCGUUGCCUUCAGCGCACGGGGUGGCCGAAGACGUGGUUGCUGUCUUUCUGCAGGGGGCACGGGGUCUCGUCCAAGGAUCGGUCCUGCCACGAGCUGACCGCGCUUGUGCAGGCGCUGUGGCUAGCCGGGGCCUGCGACGGUCUGAACCUGGGAGGCGUCGCGGCCCUGGAGUCUGUGGCCAGGUGCAUGGCGACGAUCGUGGAG